AUGGGAUUUGCUGCGCAUUUGGCUAGCCGCCUUGGGGUUGAGGACAGGCGUGACUCAACCCGAGCUGCUUUUAAGAGCGCAAGGCUCGCGCCAGCUUCUGGGCUAGGUGCCCACCCCGGAGACCAUCUACCUGGUGCGAAAGCGAGCAAGGACAUAGCCCUGCGGAACGUGGCGAUAGGUCCCCAGCAGGACUCUUUUGAACUCUCCCGCGUGGAGGCCGUGAAAAGAUUGGCCAUCCUGCAGAAAAACUUCAAGGGAAGCGUAAGCCCCGCUUGGGCCUUCGCUCCACGUAAACCCAGCGAUGACGUGGGCGACACCGACGGCGCCGACGCAGCCGGCGGCCGCGCCUCGGACUCCUGCCGCGACAUCCGCAAUAGCAACCAAUCCGUUGGCAGCCGCGCCUCUGGUGGCAGGGGCAGCGGCAGCGGCGGAGCCGGUGUAGGGAAGGGAAGGCUGGCUCGCAACUUGAGGAGCAGUAGCAGUAGCUUUGCGGAGGAAGAUGUAACACCGCUGGGUGAUGGUAUCGGUGAUUUGAUGCAUGGAAUGGCGGUUGUGGGCCCAGGGGUGGGAACGGGAGCCAGAGCUGGAGGUGGCGGAGACGCGGAGGCAGAGGGCGAUCUGGGUCAGGUGUACGGCAUCAUGGCAGCAGAAGCUGAUUCAGCUUCUAGAGGAGGAGGAGGAGGAGGAGGACGUGAUGGCGCUCUCAGGAUGGAGCGCUGCGCUAGCAACACUCCCCGCCGGGAGGACGACCCCGCCAGCGGCUUCCGCACGGUGUCCGUAUCGAGGAUGCACCUUCACACCAAAGCGGCGGCGGCGGGGCCCGAAGCUGCCGGCGGCGGAGCCGCCGCCGCCGCCGCCGCCGGAAAUGUUGGUGCUGCCGAUGGCGGGGGGCCCACCACCGAGGGCAUUACAGAGGUCCGCUCAGAGACGGACGAGCUGACCAGUCUGCCGUUGCCGAAUUUGAUCAGCGGCCACCCAGAGGUCGGACGCGGCGGCGGCGGUGGGCAGCAGCAGCAGCAGCAGCGGCUGGUGGCGCAGACGGCGGGACACCGCUACAGCGCAGCGUCGUACCUGCAGCAGUCCCCGCUGCAGCCGGGGGCACCCGGCGGGGGAACACGCAACAGCGACCUGGGCUACUACCUGGAAGAGGCCAGGUUGUCCUGUUCUUCACCGUCGCAAGGCGCCAGGCCUGUACGGCACAAUUUAUUGGAGAGUUCGAUGGGUCGCCAGCGGGCCGCUGCGCUGACGGCCCAGGAGGGGGACGACACCGCUCGACCUGUACCUGUGGUUCUUGACUACGUGCCGUCCGUCAAGUCGCAGCCCUCCCGAGGCAACCUGCUCAGGGCGCAAUCAUCACAGAAGAACCGUGUGACCGGCGGGGGCGGGGGCGGCAGUGCCGGUCCGCUGGAUGACGACGACUGCGGUGACGUCAUCGUUGUGUCAUCGGGCUCCCGGCGUCUGGAUUACGUACCCAACAAGUCCUUCAGCCGCAAGUUCUCACACGCGACCUUUCAGAGCGGCUCCCUGCUCCUGGCUGGCAGCUCCACCUCCCGGCCCUUGUCGCCAGCAACCAGCCGACAGAGCCUCGCCAGUCCCAAGGCAUCCGAUUACUUUCUGAGCUCUCCGAGAAGUACCGCUGGACAUGGCGGAGGAGGAGGAGGUGGAGGUGGAGGUGGAGGUGGAGGCGACAGCGAGCGGUGCUUUCAAGUCACACGCGGCGGGGCAAGCACCGCCGGCGCCGCCGCCGCUGCAGCGACAGCGGCACGGCUGCGAGGUGACGGCGAGCGCCGUGUUUCGUCCUCGGCAUCGCAGGUCAACUUCGGGGCCAGUUCGUCGCCUCUGCCGCUGCAGCAGGUAUCGCAGAUGCCGCCGCCCUCUCGCGACUCCUCGCGGCGUUCGCAGCGCGCGGCCAUCACGCCAACCCUGGAGCCCCGUCCCAGCUUGCCGCAGCCAUCCGCGCCGACGCCGAGCAGGCUGCACAUGCAGAGCAGCGGUCCCGUUUCCGCCAGCAGGCGCACUGCCGUACAUGAGGUGCUCGGCAGUGCCGCCUGGACGGGACCCGGUACGGCAGCGGCGGCACCGCUCUCCGCCAGCGGCGGCUCACCUCGUGCCGCCUUCAGUACAGAAGGGGGGGUUCGCGUCGACGGCAGCGGCGGCGGCGGCGAAGACUCCGCUAUCACCAGCGGCGGCGGUGGUGUGUACGGCGGCGGCAGGACGGCGGGCCGUGCUGCACGGUUGCUGGCGACGCUGCAGCGUAUGGUGCUGGUGCUGAUGCAAGAGGCAUGA